AUGGCUUGUGUUUCUUCGCCGUGGUUCAUGCUUAAUUUUAAUGGUGAAGAUCAUGGGUAUUUUGAAGGAAAGAGGGGUCUUAGGCAGGGUGAUCCUUUAUCUCCUUACCUAUUUACUAUAGUUAUAGAGGUGUUUAAUAUCAUCUUUUUGAAGAAAAUUGAAGAUGGCCAGAAUUUUAAGUUUCAUAGUAAAUGUAUGGCCCUCAAUAUUUCCCAUCUAUGCUUUGCUGAUGAUCUGUUGGUUUUCUCUUAUGGUAAUGGGAAUUUGGUUAGAAUUAUAAGAGAUGCUCUUGAUGAAUUCAAAAAAGUUUUAGGGCUGAAGGUGAGUAUGGAAAAAAGCCAGAUUUAUUUUAGUUGUGUUAAGCCUUAUGUGAGAAGGAUUAUCUUGGGUAUCCUUCCUUUUGAUGUUGGGAGAUUCCCGUUUAAAUAUUUGGGUGUGCCUAUGUGUGUCACUAAGCUGUUUGACAGAGAUUGUAAAAAGCUGAUUGUGAAAAUUAAGUUGAGAAUUUUCAAUUGGAAAUGUAAGACUUUGUCGUUUGCUGGUAGGUUGCAGCUCAUUAACUCUGUUUUAACAUCCAUUCAUGUUUAUUGGGCUUCGAUCUUUAAAAUUCCCAUUGUUACUAUUAAUGAGAUUGAAAAGAUGUGCAGAAGUUUCUUGUGGGCGAAUGGUGCAAUGGGUGAGAGUAACAGAAAUUUUUGGGAUAUUUUGCAGAAAAAAAGUAUGAGUUGGACUUGGAAGAGGUUUCUGGAGGUGAGGAAAAUUGUCAGGCCCCAUAUUGUUUCGUGUGUGGGAAAUGGGAGGAAUUCUUCUCUAUGGCAUGAUUGGUGGCAUCCAUUAGGUAUUCUUGGUUUAAUUAUUUCUAAAAGAGAAUGGGUUAGUAAUGGGUUUAGUGAUUCUUCUUUGGUCAGUGAUGUUCUUGACUAUGAUACUUAUUCUUGGUCGGUUGAAUGGGUUAACAAGUUCCCUGGAUUGAAGGAUGCUCCUAUGUUUUGUAUUGAUCAUAAUUUAAGGGAUGUUGCAGGAUGGAGGGAUAAGAAGGAAUUUGGAGGUAUUUCUGCAAUAAGCUGUGUUGCUCAUAUUUGGAGGGAGAGAAACUCUAGACUUUUUAGUUUUAGAAGAAAUUCGGUUGAGGGGGUGAUUGCUUGUAUUGAAAAUGAAAUUCGGUUAAAGCUGUUGGGUUUGAGGAAAAGGGCUAAAAUGUUUAAUAAUAAGAUUUAUAUGACCUGGGAAUGGUGGUGCAAUGGAUGGUGUUGGGCAAUAGCUGCAAGAAGUUGGAGGAUUCCUUGUUGA